AUGGCUGAACGGGGGGUAAUCACGACCAAUCGGAUGUCUUACAUCAAGCCCCCAGAAGGACGUUCUCCAUUCCUGUUCAAAGACGAAGAGGAUGAACAUGAUGAGACAAAUCCUGAUGCCAGUGAUCAUGAUUCUGAUUCCAGCCCGGACCUAUGCCAUUUUGAGAUAUACGAUGCCCUUACCCGUAGCAAUUCAGAGCUCGAGGCACGUGCUUCUUGGGAAGAGCUUGAAUCCUUAGCUAUGUCAGAGGGGCCGGGGCCGUCCCGACCAUCGAUGGCCCUAGAUCCGAAAGUGAAAGCUGAAUCAGCUCACGUCGAUCCUGCGGCCCUUUCUGCUUUGAUCAACAUCGUGAAGUCAAAGAUGAAAAAGAUUCUUUUUGGCAAUAGAGACACAUGGCUGGGCAUGCGGAAGGUGGACCAGAUUCUGUUGCAGCUGACAAACCCGGAACAGCUCAGGCUGCAGAAAAAGGCAAAGGGAAAUGGGCCUGAGGAUGUCAAUGUGAGCAAGAGUGCAUGCAGUUCUGAUGAUAGGAGCACCCGGAAGACUGAAGGUGAAACGCCUACCGAGAAUGUAGAGAAGGAGUCGGAAUCUGAGGAGGAUGAGAAACCUGUCAAGAAGGCUAGCAAGAAAGAUGAGAAAGACCGCAAGAAAAAGAAAGAGGAGUCGGAAUCUGAGGAGGAUGAGAAACCUGCCAAGAAGGCUAGCAAGAAAGAUGAGAAAGACCGCAAGAAGAAGGAAAAGGAGGCGGCAUCUGAGGAGGAUGAGAAACCUGUCAAGAAGGCUAGCAAGAAAGAUGAGAAAGACCGCAAGAAAAAGAAAGAGGAGUCGGAACCUGAGGAGGGUGAGAAACCAGACAAGAAGGCACGCAAGAGAGAUCAGAAAGGCAGCAAGAAGAAGGAUCAGGAUUCAGAGGAGGACGAAGACAGUGUGGACAGUGAGAAGGAGGAUGAACAGGAGUCGGAGGAGGAAGACAGAUCUGAGUCUUCGGAGAUUCUCAAGAAGAAGCCAGUUGCUCGAGGCAAAGGCAAGGCCAAGCCAAAGGCAAAAGGAAAGGCUAAGGCCAAGGCAGAUAAGUGUCCCAAACCCAAGACUGUGCCCAAGAAGGCCGCGGCAAAGAAAGACAAAGAGAAAAAGAGUGGGGAGAAGGCCACGUUCGCAAAGCGCUACAGACCCACCUCAAAGCAGAGCCAUGCAAAGUAUGAUAUGGUUCGAGAUGUCUACAAUGUCUCCCUGCGUAAGUACCUCACCAGCCACACCUGGUGCGAGGACACUAUGAGGUUCAACAUGCAAUUCCAUGGUAUACGCAAAAGGUUCACACAUGCAUGA